AUGGCUGGUCCUGGCGGUGGUCCCCCUCGCAAGAGCCACACAAAGUCCCGGUUUGGCUGCAAAACCUGCAAGCGACGCCAUAUUCGUUGCGAUGAGACUUUCCCCCAAUGCCGCAACUGUACCAAGCACAACUGCCGUUGUGACUACAUGGACGUUGCUGCUGUGCAUGACGAGCCGAUCUCUGUCCGGAAAGUCCCCGACCUUCUCAUGUCCCCAGAAAUCGAGACGGAGAUCAAGAAUUGGCAACUUACUGGUCUACCACCGUUCCCCGAAUUGAUGCACUUCCCGCGUAACUGCUGGGGUAAAUUGACACGAACGGAUCUACGUCUCAUUCAUCACAUCAUCGGGCUCUCAAUCGAUCUCCACCGGCGGGGGCUCAGUAGUUGCACUAUUUGGGCCCAGAAGAUGCCAUUCUUCUUGUCCAUCGCCAUGUCCAAUGACUUCGUGAUGAGCUCGAUUCUAGCCCUAUCUGCGACACAUCUUGCCUGGAUCACUCGGAACCAGGAAACCAAACAGUUGGCCUUUCACCAUCGGGGCACCUCCAUUCAAGGUCUUCAGAAAGCGAUCACCACGUUCUCGAAAGAUAACUGUGACGGUAUCCUUGCUGCCUCCAUAUUAUUGUCGUGGCAAGAUAGCGAAUGGCCGAGCUGGUCAUCUCUGCAACAAGGGGUGACAUCUGUCUUGGAUUCAACGCCUCAUGCGUGGAGGCAAGAGUCUGAGCUUGCUAUGUUCCUGGAGAACCAGCGGUUCCUAGCGAGCGCGAACUCUUCUGUGGUUUCUGGACUUCGUUUUCAGGAAGAGGACCUAGCCAGCCUCGACCACACCAUCAUCACCCUCCAAACCAUUCAAAAGCGAGUCGCACACAACCACGAACAUUACCGUCGGCUCGGAGAACUGCUUGAUUUUGUGCGGCAUUUUCAGCGCGACAUCCUCUCCCUGACCGCUGAGCAGGCCUUUGAGCGGGUGCAACCCCUGAAGCAGUGGCUGUUCUUCCUCCCUCCGGCCAUGCUGCGCGGAGGUGAUGCAGACACCGCUGCGUUGGCCAUCCUGGCGCAAUUCUUCGGUGUUGGUGUGGCUCUGGACAGCCUGUUUCCCGACCUAGGAGGUGCAUACCUAGGGCCGAUGUCCGUAGGGCCCAUCGAAGAAAUCUACCGCAUUAUCUACACGAGAAAUGCGACCACUCCUUAUGACUCUGACUUACAGCUUGCCAUGUCCAUCAUGGACCUCCCUCGUCAUCUCGCGGCUAAAUACCGUGCCCGCCUACAGUGGUCUCCGCGGACGUCUGUCGAAUACUACUCCCCGCCGCCCACGAGCCCCUUCCAAACGGUCCAAGAUUUUCGUUUAGCAGCGUCGCCUUCGCCUUCAUCCGUUUCCGCCUCUUAUACUGCAUAUACCCCACCUCUCCAGUCUCCCCCGGCGGUGACGAUUGCGAGCUCUCCCUUUGAUGUUUCCGUAUCGUAUUCAACGGCGCCAGGCUCAGCGAGCCUCUACCCUCCUCCUCAACUUCUUUCCGACACUCGAGAAGAGCCAUCUGAUUGCAGUCAGCCGGGCUCCCUACAGCACUCCCCUCACUACCCACCCCCCUAUCUAGAAGAUAUGGUGUGCGGACCUGUCUCUCGAAUGGCCGGGGGCCUAGCAUUGAGCCCUUUGGAGAUUUACGAUAAUCCUCACCCGGUCGUGAAUGAUUAUGGCACCCCCGAGUCUGUUUGGCCGGGAAGCAUUUGCACCUAG